AUGGCCACCCCCACAAGAUCGCCGGCCUACACGACGCGAUUCCUGGCGUCGGAGGGAAUCCCUGAGUACAAUGCACUACUAGACAACCACCUGCGGGACCACCAAAAGUUCCUCCUCGGCUCCAGAUCCAACCUCGCCCUCCUGCAGACAACCGGCGCGAUCGCCAAGGUCGAGCCCGGCGCGUCGGACGACCAGUACAUUGUCUACUUGGAGUCGCCCAAGCCGCAGCGCAAGCCCCCACUGCCAAAAUCCGCGCAUGCUGUGCCACGCCAAGCCAAGAAGAAGACCAAGAAACCAGCGCCGUCGCCCCUACGAGUGGCGAGCGCCCAUGGCCUUCGUAAAAAGAAGGACCACGUCGAGCCAUUUGCUGAGAUGCCGCCAAUGGCGCAGCUCGCGACGCCGACAAAGCCACUGGUCCGGCACCGCAGUGCAUCGGCUCUUGGCCAUCGACCGUCGAUACUGGCGGACGAGGCGACCAAGCCGACGGUCAACCACUUGCUCGAGAGCGACAUGGCGUACCACGAGAAGAUUCUGGCGCUGCAAAAGGACAUUGCGUCGCUGGAUGCAGAGAAGAAAACCAUCGACAAGAGCAUCGACAGCAUGCGCAAGCAGCUGCGCGGCGUCCACGCCGUCCAAGAGAACGACCAAGCGGUCGCUCACUGCCUCUCGGUCGUCCAGCACCGCUUCAACAAGGCCGAGGAAGAGUGCAUGAAGGCUGUGACGCAGCAAGCCGCCGUGCGCACAGCGAUCGAUUACCUUCGCCAAGAGCUGCUGUCCUUGGGCCAAGUGCAGCGCAAGCUCGAGUCGGACAUCCAGGACGCGCAAACAAAGAUCAUUGAAGCCGAGGAGCGCAUCAACACAACCCGAGAAGUCGCGACUGACACGAUGAACGAGCUCGCCGACUUGGAACGGCAGGCUGAAGCCGACGCGGUCGAGCGUGUGCUCAAGCUGCCACCCGAAGACAACUUUGUGCAUAUGGACGUUCCCCGCAUGAUGGCGUUGAUCCACGACAGAGCGGCGGCGCGGGAGCAAGUGCUGGCGUCGAUGAAAGCGAGCAAUGCCGCGGCCGAAGCCAAAGAGAAGAUCGCCGACGCCACCGACCCUCCGCUCCGCCACAAGAAAACGUUCGAGACGAUCCAAACCGAGCUCGACGUCCCUAGCAUCGAGGCGUUCGUCGACGCCUUUGUCGAGACCGAGACCCAACUUAUCUCACUGUACAAAUUGGACCUGGAGCAGCAAGCCGAAGUCAAGCGCUUUGAAGAUCAGCUGGCGGCGCUCGAGGAAGAAGCAGCCCAAAUUCAGACGUCGACGCGUGCAGCGGACGCGGCCAAGGCGAUUGAGACCCAGAGUGCGCAAGAGAAGCUCCGUAUCGCCGAGCGCAAGACCCAAGAGUACUUGGAGCUCACGCGGAAGUGCUCGAUGGAGCACGACGUGUUGCGCGCGCCGAUUCUGCACCUUCUCGAAGUGCUGAGAACUGACAAGCACGUGCUGCAAGGCAACGGGUACAUUGCGGCUGUCCAGGACAUGCCACUGCCGGCGAUUCUCGGAAUUGCCCAAGAGCGCAUUGUUGAAAUUGCGAUAACAAAUCGCAUGAAGCUGAACGCGACGACAAAGGAGCCGACCCGACGCGACUCGAGCCGCAGCAAGAAGGACAUUCCGUCGGCCAUCGUGGUUGGGCCGCGGGUGCCACUGGCCACGGUCCCGUCGCCCAUGUCAGCCGACGCGCUCGGGUCCUUUGAGACGCUUGCCUCGACCAUGGUGCUUCCGGCAGUUCUCACCAGCGACGCGGCCAUGGACAACACGACGCCUGUCUCGCCCGACCAGCUCCUCCAGCGAGCAAUCUUCCAGUAA